ACUCCCCUUCAGCUCCUUUCCUUUUGGGGGGGGGGGCAGGUGUCAAACUUAAGCCGCGCCUAGAGCGUCGCCGGAAGCGGAAGCGCCCGCGCGUCCGUCCGGUUCCUCCUUCCCCUCCGUUGAAAAAAAGCGGGGGAUGUAAGAACGGGCGGCGCGUGUCCGGGCUGCCGGCGGUGGCGGCGAGAUGGGCGACGAUAUGGACGUGAUCCCCGAGCGGGAGAUGAAGGAUUUUCAAUUCCGAGCCCUGAAGAAAAUCCGGAUCUUCGAAGCCCCCGAGGAUUUGCCCAAAGAACGUGGCAACCUGCUAGUGGUGUCCAACAAAUAUGGACUGACAUUCACCGGUUGUGCAGCCGGACUGCAGAUCUUUCAGACGAAGAACCUGCUUAUGCAGAUUCAGGCUGGGGAUUCUCCUAAUAAAAUAGUAGAGAAUAUGCAGGGUCUUUUUGUCCCGACCAAGUUUUGGGUGCAUCACUUGGCGCUCAGCUGUGAUAACCUCACGCUGUCGGUUUGCAUGGCCUCAAAUGAAGUUGGGUCCUUCGUUGGCUUUUUCGACGUCCGCACCUUUGUGAAUCAGGCUAAACAGCAGAAACGGCCGUUUGCUUAUCAGAAGAUGGCAGGCGCUCUGGUCAACGACCUGAAGUGGAAUCCAGUCAAUGCCACGAUGUUAGCUGUCUGUCUGUCAGAUGGGAGUGUGUCCGUCUUGCAGGUGACGGACACUGUAAAGGUGUAUGCCACACUUCCUGCGUCGGUGGCCGUCACAUCUGUGUGUUGGAGUCCUAAAGGGAAACAGCUAGCAGUGGGCAAACAGAACGGCACUGUGGUCCAAUAUCUUCCAAACCUGCAGGAAAAGAAAACAAUUCCUUGCCCUCCAUUCUACGUGGCGGAUAAUCCCGUUAAAGUCCUGGAUGUGUUGUGGAUUGGCACUUACGUCUUCUGCAUCAUUUACGCCGCUGCGGACGGCAGUUUAGAAACUGCCCCUGAAGUGGUUAUGGCUCUGUUGCCGAAAAAGGAAGACAAGAGGCCUGAGCUGUUUGUCAACUUUAUGGAGCCUUGUUAUGGUAGCUGCACCGAGAGACUGCACCAUUACUUCCUUAACUUCGUUGAAGACUGGGAUUUGGUCUUAUUAGCUUCUGCCGCUUCCACCGAAGUCAGCAUCCUGUCAAGGCAAGGAGAUCAGCCGAACUGGGAAUUGUGGGUGUUGGAAGAUUCCAGUCGCGCAGAGCUUCCCGUGACGGACAAGAGUGACGAUUCCUUGCCUGUUGGGGUGGCCAUUGAUUAUAGCAACAACACACCCAUAACUAUUAGUGAAGAUAAAACCUUGGCUCCUGCUCCGGUCUUGAUGUUACUAUCCACAGAUGGCGUCUUGUGCCCCUUCUACAUGGUCAAUCAAAACCCCGGCGUCCGGUCUCUUCUGGUGACCCCUGAAUCUCUCUCUGCCGAAGGGGAGAGAGGGGCGAAAGCCACAGGCACCCCCGCUCCUUCAGCUGCCGCCAAGAGUGAGGCUCCUCCGUCCCCUCCAUCCGCCCCAGGUCCAUCCGUAGUCCCAAGCAGUGGGGCCACCCCCUUCGCUUUUACAAGCCCUCCUCUCAAAGCCCCCGUCCCGGCUCCGAAUUCUUCUCUGCCUUAUCCGUUCCCGUCGGAGGCCUCAACAGCAGCUCCUGCGCCGAGCACAAGCCAGGCCACCGAGUUCUCUUCUCCCGCUACCCCGAAGGCACCCCAAGCUCCCGUCUCCUCGUCCGGCCUCAUCCCGGUUUCCGCUCCAUCUUUCUCCUUCGGGCCGGCAAGCUUCAAGAGCCGCGUCGACGGGCCUGUUCCUUCCGUCGCCACAAAGGCCAGCUUUGCUCCAGCAGCGUCCUCCGUCAAGGUCAACCUCAACGAAAAGUUCGCGGCUGCCGAGUCUGCUGCCCCUCCCACCAACACCGGCCAAGGUUCUUCGCCCUUCCUCUUUCCCCCGGCUGCAAAGUCUACCCCUGCAGGAUCCCUAAGCGUGUCCACGCCGCCUCCUCCUCCCGCCCCCAUAAAGGCUUCUACCCCGGUGACUUCAGCAACAGUGCGUCCACCUCAAAGCGCUCCGGCCACCUCGGGCCUUCAGAAAGCUGCCAAGGUAUCCCCCGUGGCUCCAAAAUCGAGCCCUUCGCAGAUUCGGCAGCAGCCUGCCGGUGUUGGGGUGGAGAAGCAGCCCUGCCAGUGGAAAGAGACAGAUCCUGUCAUCGUCGGGAUAAGAGAAGAGAUCGCCCAUUUCCAGAAAGAGUUGGAGGAACUGAAGGCUCGAACGGCCAAGGCCUCGUUUCAGGUGGGCAGCGAGGAGGAGAAGAAGAAGUUACGCGUGGAAGCUAGCGACCUGCACACUUUCCUGCUGGAAAUCAAAGACACCACAGAGUCUCUUCAUGGAGACAUCAGCCUUCUGAAGACCAAUUUGUUGGAAGGCUUUGCCGGGGUGGAGGAAGCCCGGGAGAAGGACGAGCAAGCUCACAACUUGGAGUACUUGCACCUGCUUUACAAGAAGCCUUUGGACCCCAAGAGCGAAGGGCAACUUCAGGAAAUCCGCCGCUUGCAUCAGUACGUGAAGUUUGCCGUCCAAGACGUGAACGACGUUCUGGAUUUAGAGUGGGAUCGGCACCUGGAACAGCAGAAGAAGCAGAAGCGCUUAGCUGUCCCCGAGCGAGAGACUCUCUUCAACGCCCUCACGAACAACCGAGAGAUCAUCAACCAGCAGAGGAAGAGGCUGAAGAAGUUGGUCGACGGCUUGUACGAGCUCCGUUUGUACAACCACGUCACUCAGUGGAACGCCUCCGCUCCCGCUUCUUCACACCCUGGCAUCCAGAGUUUGGAGAGAGAGCUGGAGAAUCUGAGCAACGCCUUAACAAAAGCCACGCUGGAAUCUUCCACCAAAGCUUCUUCCCCCUCGCCCGCUAAGUUGUCCCUUGUGAAGCAGGCUCAGCUAAGGAAUUUCCUCUCCAAGAGAAAACUGCCACCUGUCCGCUCAACCGCACCAGCAACUCUGUCCCAGUCAGCUUUCCUGUCUCUGAGAUACGACGAAGACCUGGAUGAGAUCAGCUCUGCGUCUUCAGUCGCCCAGUCCUUGGAGAACGAGGACGUGGAAGCGGUGGAUCAGGAGGAAGUGGAGGUGGUGGUACCUGUCCCAGUGCCUCGUCACGCCCCGGUUGUCCGGACGCCUUCGAUCCAGCCUCCCCUGCUGUCGCAGCCCCUGCCUCUUGGCAAACCCCACAUCAGCAUGGGACCAUUAAUGUCUACCCCUAGGCCCAUCCUACCUGGGGCAGAGAACCCAAUGUUGGCAACGAAGACAGUGAAGCACCGAGCUCCCAUUCCUUCUGUCACUCUCCCAGCCCCCCAGGCUGCUGCAGAAGCUGCCUUCCGUAGACAGAUGGCGAACCAGAAUCCAGUGAACCCCUCCCUGACCGAAUCGACUCUGAAGAACAUCCCUCAGGUGGUAAAUGUCCGAGAGCUGAAAAGCAGCGGGUCUCCCCCGACCGUUUCUCCAGCAGUGGGGUCAUCAGUUCCUCAAAGUGCUGCUCAAGGUGUCCAUCAAGUUUUGGCUAUGGUGGCAACAAAUCAAGUCAACCAGGGGACCCCGUCAAGCACCCUGAAGAUGCAGGCGCCGCCCAGUUCGGCAGCGGCGACCGUGGCGCCCAUCAGCCAGACCUCGGUUGGGAAGAAGAAUUCAGGAGCCGCAAAGACAGCCACGCCUGUCCACACGCCGCCGGCGACGUCCAUCUCGGCCGCUGCUUCCCAGUUCAACAAAGACUUCACGUUUGCUUCAUCGGGGGCGGGGUUUAACUUUGCUGCAGUCCCUGCUUUAGCUGCGACGAUGGCCUCUUCCGCUUCGGAAGCCACAACCACGCCAGCGAAAGAGUCGAACCAACCUGAAGCCUUUUCCCUUGGAGGAGGAAUGAAAUUUCCUUCCGUCCCGGAGACCCCGUUUACUUUCGGGGGUUCCAAGACAGCCGGCCUUCCCGCCUUCGGAAGAGCCAGCUCCGGAGACCCUGCUGGGCUGAGCAGCAACGGGCAAGCGGCCGAGACUCCCCUUCCCUUUGCAAACGCCCCCAAACUGGAGACCCUUCCCCUCAAACUAGGAGAUGCGGUGACCCAGGCCUCGGUGGCCGGAGAGACGCUGGGCAGCUUCUCCGGUCUGAGGGUUGGCCAAGCCGACGAGAACGCCAAGGCCGCUCCGGCUAAGGGACCCUCCCCCGGCACAGCCGCCGGGCCACAGCCGCCGGGCUUUUCAGCUGGCAACGCUCUGCCGGCGAGCAAGCCUGCCGAGGCCGGCCCCACCACCUUGACCACCACGAUGGGCAGUUCGGCGACCGGUGGCCUCUUCGGCAAUGUCCACUUGGUCAAUCCUGCUCCUCCCAAUGUCUUCGGUCUCGCCACGCCGGCGGGCGGUGCCAAGGCUCCGUUUGCCUUCAGGGGCCCUUCGACCAGCGCCCCCCAAGCGUCGUCUUCCUCGUCUUCGGCCCUUCCGCCAUCCGCCCCAAGCCUCUCCUUCGGGAGUCUCUUGAGCACUGAGGCCACGCCGGCUGCCCUCACGGGUAAGGGAGAAGACGACGCCCGGACAAGCCCUGCCGAGAAGCCGCCUUCGACCAACGGGGCCACGUCACCGCCGACGGCACAGGUUGACCCCCCGGCGUUCAUCCCGGCCCCCGAGCAGAGUCCAGCUGAAGUGGCUGCUCCUCCCCCAGCAGAGGCAGAAGUGGGAGGGCAGCUGACGACUCCUUCGGAAGCUGCACCUGGCAAAGAUCCGGCUCCCGCCUUGGCGCCUGGCGAGCCCAAGACUGCGGGGCUGCCUCUUCCUGAAGGCGCUGCAGAAGAGCAGACCCCAGCUGCCUCCACUCCACCGGCCGCCGGUUCACAACCCCCGGAACCCACUGCCUCCCCUCCAGCCAGCACCGCGUCCGUGCCAACCCCGGCCAACAACACCUCUGCCUUUACCGAGGCCAUCCCGACCUCUUCUGGCUUCCCACAGCCCUCCGGACUGCCGCCUCCUCCUCCUCCUCCUCUUCCUUCCUCUUCUUCUUCCUCUUCCACCGGCUCAGCUUUCAGCCAGCCCGCCACGGCCGGCUUGACCAACCCGUCUGCUCCGCCGGUCUUCGGUCAGGUCUCCUCACCAGCCCCCCCGGUCUCUUCUCCCUUCGGCCAGCCUCCCGCCGCCCCACCGUCUUCCUCGGCCGUGGCCACCGGGUUUAACACCUCGGUCUUCGGGACUGCAGCCACCUCUGGCUUCGGCCAGUCGGCCUUUGGGCAACAAGCUCCCAUUUUUGGCCAGUCCUCCGCCAACCCGCAGGGCGGCUUUAUCUUCAACCAGGCCAGCUUCGGAGCCACGCCGGCCUUCGGGCAAGCGGCUUCCUCCGCCCCUCCGGCGUCCAGCAGCGGGAACGUCUUCGGGGCGGCAGCGUCCAGCAGCAGCACGGCCAGCUCUUUCUCCUUCGGACAGCCUUCGACAGCCGCUGGGCUUUUUGUUCAGAGCAGUGCUCCCGUUUUCGGGGAGAGCUCCAACUUUGGCCAGAGCGGGGCCGUCUUUGCGAGCCCGGCUUCCAUGACAACCACCACCCCGACUUCUUCGGCCGGCUUCAGCUUCUGUCAAGCUUCCGCCUUUGGAUCCAGCAGCCCAAGUACCGUGUUUGGCCAAGCCACCAACACCAGCGGGAGCCUCUUCGGCCAGCCCUCCUCUUCCAGCGGGGGUCUCUUUGGAUCCGGUGGCGGCGGGAGAGCGGGGGGCUUCUUCAGCGGCCUGGGGGGGAAACCGAGUCACGAGGCGGCCAACAAGAACCCCUUUGGCUGUACCAGCGGCGGCUUUGGCUCCUCGGCCAAUCAAAACACUUCGAACCUUUUUGGAAACAGCGGGGCCAAAAGUUUUGGAUUUGGCACCGCUUCCUUUGGUGACCAGAAGCCGAUGGGCACCUUCAGCUCCGGCGGAGGAAGUGUGGCAUCCCAAGGCUUCGGAUUCUCCAGCCCCACCAAAACAGGUGGCUUCGGGGCUGCUCCAGUGUUCGGCAGCCCUCCCACUUUUGGGGGUUCCCCCGGGUUCGGAGGGGUGCCGGCAUUCGGUUCAGCCCCGGCCUUUGCAAGUCCUCUGGGCUCGGCGGGAGGCAAAGUCUUCGGUGAAGGGACCGCGGCGGCCAACACGGGCGGAUUCGGCUUCGGCAGCACGGCAAGCACGGUCUCCUUCGGCACGCUGGCGGGACAGAACACCCCAACUUUCGGCUCCCUCUCUCAGCAGUCUACGGGUUUUGGCACACAGAGCAGCGGCUUCUCCGGGUUUGGGUCCAGCGGAGGAGGAUUUGUCUUCGGAUCGUCGAAUGCAUCCACUUCGGGAUUCAGCGGCUGGAGAAGUUGAACGGCGACAGCGGCUCUUUGGCGCUUCUGGGACUUUUCUUUUCUUUUCUUUUCUUUUCUUUUUUUAAACGUCACUUCCUCCAACUUUUUAUACCAAGCCAAAACAGAGGAAGGAAACCAACCAACCAACCAAGACCCCAUCCAACCUUCCUAAAAUUGCCUAUAUUUUUUUUGUUGUUAUUAGCAGAAAUGUUGCUUGGCCUCGCUAAAUAAAGCUAUUUUUUCUGCUGGUCUUUGAAUUCCGCCUUGGCCAACUUCAGAAGCCCAGAAAGCUGUUUUGUGGGUGCGGUUGUUGUUUUUUUAAAAAAGGGAUCCCCUUUGAAGGAGCUGGGGGGAGGUAGGAAUCCUUUAGAGAUCUGCGGUCUCUCGAGUGAUCAGUUGAUUAGAACUCUUAAGGUCCUCGAAGUACGACCUUAGCCGAGUUAAACUUAUGACAGCCAUAAAGCAGGCUGUUCAC